AUGAAGACACCAGAAGGAAUAUGGAUAUUCAUAGCAGCCCUGCACAUUUUUCUUUCCAUCACUGCAACUCUGGGCAAUGCGCUGAUCCUGUUUGCUCUACGAAAUGUAUCCUCCAUUCAUCCACCGACGAAGCUGUUAUUUCGAUGUCUGGCUGUAACUGAUCUUUGUGUUGGUCUUAUAUCUCAACCACUUUUCAUUUACUACAUUAUAACAAUCUAUCUCGAUAUUAGUGACUACACCCUGGAUCUUUGGCAUCUACAUGUCUUUUUCUUUGCAACGUUGCUUGUGGUAUCCACCCUAACAUCGGCCGCCAUUAGUGUUGACAGACUUCUCGCUCUUUUGUUGGGGCUGAGAUACAGACACGUUGUAACUUUAUGCCGAGUUCGUGUGAUCAUGGCUUGUUUUUGGUUCAUUGCUGUUUUUAACGCAUCUUUGGCUUGCGUGGCUUCGAUCCAAUUCCGUUUUAAGGUAUUACUUGCCUCGUGGUACGCAUUCCUGGCUUUAAUCAUUGUCUCUAUAGUAAUCUCAACUCUUUCGUACGCUAAGAUUUUUCUCACCCUACGUCAUCAACAAGCCCAAGUGCAAAAUCAUGUUCAACCAGAACAGUCCAGCAGCGUAAGAAGUGUACUGAACAUAUCACGAUACAAGAAGACAGUGUAUAGCGUAGCUUGGAUACAGUUUGUUAUGCUUGCUUGUAAUGGUCCUUACAUCGUGAUGACAUUUGUUUUGAAUUUUGGAAAUGUAGUCUAUUCCACUGAAAUAGAAAUCGCGCAUAGAUUUUUCUUUUGUGUCUUCUUUUUAAAUUUAUCUCUGAAUCCAGUCCUUUACUGUUGGAAAAUCAAAGAUGUCAGACAGGAAGUGAAAAACAUCAUUCGUAAGUGUCUUUGCUGUUGAGUUAACUUACAGUGAUGGAGAAAAGAUGCAACAGAACAGUGAAGACAACUGACCCUUCACGAACAGUGCCGCUAUGUUGAUACCCGCACACACGACCUACACUGAUAGGACACGCAUUGUUCAUCGGAUCAGUUAUCCCUGACUUUGAUCGUUUUUUAAGCUAAAUAGAGUAAUGAAAUAUGUUUGACUAUGUUUAAGACGGCUAAAAGGGCGAAAAGAAUGCUUAUAAAGAGUUCAGUCGAUUUUGGGUGUGGCGAUAUCGGAGUUUUUUAAAGGGGUUAAUCCAUGAUUUUUAGUCGAAACUUGGAAGUCUGUUUUUGAUUUUUUUUAUUUUGUCUAAAUAGAUUAAGAAAAGAUGUUUGCCAAUGAUUAAGACUGCUAAAAACGCCGGAAAAAAAACUUUUAUAAAUAGUCGGUUUGUACUCGCCGGGAAAAUCAUUAGUGCGCGCUGUCUUUAACAGUCAUUAAUAUUCACAGUUCAUGUCUGUAGUAUAACAGCGUACCUAUAAUCCCCUUGCACCUUAGAAUGAAUUAUGUUAGAAUGAUUUUCCUUUUGCAACAGCGAAAAAAGUAGAUAUUUUGGAAACAUUGGUACAGUAGCUAAGUACUCGACGUUUAGGAAUAAAGCUAUAUUUGAUAAGUUAACUUGGGAUCUGUUUACACUAUGCCAGAUAGUUUUUGCGCUGGCUUUAAGACCAAACCGGAUAGCAGGGCUUCUGUUCAAACAUAAGAACGGUCAUUUCGGCUCGAUCUCUGCAACGAAGCGAAGUUACGCCGAUCUCUCAAGUGGAGAGUUACAUAUCCGACAGGUGUUCAUACUAUACCGUAUAACACGAAAAACAAUCCACUAUAGUGUGUAAAUAGCCUUAGUAUUCCGCCCUUUUUGGGUACUUACCGUUUUAGAUUUUAAUGGUAAAGGUAGACGCCUUUCUAAAGUGCUUCGGAAAUUGCCCUGAAAAUUCAGUCGAGCCACUUUGAGAGUCCAUUUUCUCGCAGGAGUCUUAUCGUACCGUUGAACACCGAUAUAAUGUGCCGUUUUAAUUUAUAUCGAACAGCUGCUUUAUCUGACAACGAAUGAGAUUUUUUACUCCAGUUGUCUCAGGACCCCAAUACAACAUUUCCUAUUACAUGUUGAUGCUAAUAAUGAAAGUCGGAAAUAUAUUGCACAAAAAACACGUUAGCAUUAAGGAAGAAAGUCAUUACCAAACAGGGAGAAAUUAAUUGAUAACUAUUAUUACCCAGAGAAUCCCGAUGUUUAUGCAGGAAGUUGUAAUAAUGCAAUAGUCAAAAUACUUAUAUUUGCGAAGCAAAUUUCAACAUCUACUUAAUAUUUUUGGCUGUAGCCGAAAUGGCUAUAUACGUUUUGACCACUUUCUGUUCGCCUUUCAUAUCACAUGUAACGAAGUGGUUAACUGAGAAGCGUUUCCCGACGUUAAUGUUUCAAUUAGUUCUUUAUAGCAAGCAAUAAAGUCACCAUGUCAACCUGAACGACUACUCAAUAAUUUGUUUUAGUUGAAAUGACAGCGUAUGUCCUGCACUGUGGUUUGUUAACCUCCACUUUUCUUGUACCACUAUUUUAUAAUGAGCAUCGUCAAAGUACAUAUAACAUCUUAUUUUGUAAUAAUAUUUUUGGAUAGUGCUUUAGCGAGCAGUAAAGUUAACCUGUCUAAAAAAUAUUAGGAAUCGGCUUAAUUGAUACUUUUGAUGCAACGACAGUAUUUUUAACUGAAUAAAUCUGCUAUUUCGUUGACAAGCUGUUUUGUCCGAGGAAGUUCAUCUUGUUUACCUUUGCAGCUAAAGAAACCUAACGCUAACUCAAAUCGACGUUUCUUUUCCAUAGAGCUUAAUGUUAACCAACACCAAUGACAAACAACAUGAAUGGGACAUUUGUAACAACGAAGAUACUAUCCGGAGUUUGGAUAUUUCUUAUAGCCUUCAACAAUUCAACCUGUCUAAAAAAUGUUAUGAGAGUAACUGAUACGUUUCAUGCAACAGCAGGUGAAUUUGGAGUCUAAGUUUACUUUUUAAUUUAACUUUCCAGUUUCUGUCUAGAACUGUCACAAGUAAAUUAACUGUUUCGUUCACAAGUUGUUUUGUCCGAGGAAGUUCAUCCGUCUUCUGUAGCCUUGCAGCUAAAGAAACUGAACGUUAACUCAAAUCGACGUUUCGGGAAGUAUGUAGUAGUUAAUAUUUUUUGUUAGUUCUCAGCAAAGUCAACCUGUCUAAAAAAUAUUACGAACCAGCGUAAAUGAUACUUUUGAUGCAACAGCAGGUGAAUUACGGGUCUAAGUAUCUUUUAAUUUAACUUGCCAGUUUCUGUCUAGACCCAUUAAAAAUAAAUGUGCUAUUUCGUUCAUAAGCUGGUUUGUUCGAGAAAGUUCAUCUUUUGUUGCUUUGCAGCUGAAGAAACCGAACUGAAAUCGCCGUUUCUUUUGCAUUAGGCCUAAUUGGUGGCUUUUAACACCAAUGGAAAUACCACCCAGAGUAGGGAUACUUUUAAUAGCCCUGAACAUUUUUCUUUCCAUCUUUGCAACUCUGGGCAAUGUUCUAAUCCUAGUUGCUCUACGAAACGUUUCCUCCAUUCAUCCACCGACGAAGCUCCUAUUUCGAUGUCUGGCGAUAACUGAUCUUUGUGUUGGUCUUCUUGGUCACCCACUUUACGUUUACGUUUGGUACAUUACAAUCUCUCUUGAUAUUGGUAACCGCAUCGUAGAACUAGUUUACGUAUAUCUCUUUAUCAUUCGCGUGUUGGUUGCGGUAUCCAUCCUAACAGCGGCUGCCAUCAGUGUUGACAGACUUCUCGCUCUCUUAUUGGGACUGAGAUACAGACACGUUGUAACUUUAUGCCGAGUUCGUGUGCUUAUAGCUUGUGUUUGGUUCAUUGCUGUUUCAAACGCUUCUUUGUUCUGCGUGGCUCAGAUCCUAUUUCAUGAUAAGUUAGAACUUGUCUCGUGGUGGACCUACCGAGCUUUUAUCAUUUUUUCUAUAAUAGUGUCAACAUUUUCGUACGCGAAGAUUUUUUUCACCCUCCGUCAUCAACAAGCCCAAAUGCGAGAUCAUGUUCAACCAGAACAGUUGAGCGGAGUUAGAAGUGUACUGAAUAUAGCACGAUACAAGAAGACAGUGUAUAGCGUAGCUUGGAUACAGUUUGCUAUGUUUGCUUGUUAUGGUCCUAACAUCGUGAUGGCAUUUCUUUGGAAUUUUGGAAAUGUAGAUCAUUCCACUGAAGUAAUGGUCGCGGGUGAAGUUUCCCUUUGUCUCAUCUUUUUAAAUUCAUCUCUGAAUCCUGUCCUUUACUGUUGGAGAAUCAAAGAUGUCGGACAGGAAGUGAAAAACACCAUUCGUAAGUGUCUUUGCUGUUGA